GCAUAUUUGUAAGGAUAAGAGUGAACUUAUAGACAUAAGGAAAAGGAAAUGCAGCCGCAGUACAUUCAGGGUCUCUAUCCCCCUUUCAACAUGCAACAGCAGCAACCACCUCAGAUGCGUGUCGUAUCCGACUUCACGCCGGAUGCCGUGAAGGAAAUGCUCACGAGUAUCGCCAAUCUUUAUCGGGUCGAAACGCGUGAAAAGGCGAUUUUGGAUCUCUCUAGACAUCGAGAAGAGUACGCCGUUCUAGGCCCCACCCUGUGGUAUAGCGUCGGGGUGAUGCCGAUUAUUCUGCAAGAAAUCGUCUCCAUGUACCCUUUGCUGAGCAUCUCGGGGCAGGCACCGAUGAAGGCCGCGAUCAACCGCGCGAGCAGUGUGCUGACGCUGCUGCAGACCGUCGCCCAACAUGAAGCGUCGCGGAAGCCGUUCUUGGAAUCUCAGAUUUGUCUAUUUCUCUACCCUUUUCUGAGGGUGCCGCCGAAUGAGCGGACGGAGGUUUUACGCCUCACAUCGCUCGGUGUCAUCGGCGCCUUAGUGAAGUCCGACGACCCGGCUGUCAUUACCUACUUGUUGAACACGGAAAUCUUCCCACUGUGCUUGAAAAUUAUGGAGCAUUCGGUCGAGAUCUCCAGGAUAAUAUCCACCUUUAUCGUCCAAAAGCUUCUCCUCUCCGAUCAAGGUCUUCAGUAUGCAUGUCAAACGCCUAACCGGUUCACCGCGGUCGCCGAGGUGUUGCAGUAUAUGGUGUCUGAAAAGGAUGAAAAUGGCCAACACGUCUGUGCGACGCGGUUGCUUCGACAUAUUAUCCGUUGUUACCUCCGCCUUUCUGAAAAUGAACGCGCGCGGGAGGCUCUUCCGAAAAUACUCCCCGAAGAGUUGCGCAACAACACGUUCCACCAAUACCUGGAAAAGGACGCGAAUAUGAAAAAAUGGCUGCUGCAACUGUUAGUGAAUAUUGGGGAUGAGGGCGCCAAACGAAUUAACGAGAUCGCGAAGGUUACCUAA